GUCAAGUAACUGUGUCAAACUGUAUUCAAGGAUUCAAGAGGCGAUUUUUAAAAAUUCUCAAUAUUACAAGAUUUGUAAAAAUUAAAUAAUAAAUGGAAUAAUUUGUCGAUAAACAUUUUUCGUACUAAUCCGAAACCAAUACAAAAAUGGACGAUCAAGCGUGCCCCCGUUGUAAAACAACAAAGUACAGAAAUCCUUCACUGAAGUUGAUGGUAAAUGUAUGCGGCCACGCUUUAUGCGAAAGUUGUGUGGAUUUAUUAUUUUUAAAAGGGUCUGGUUCUUGUCCUGACUGUAAUGUUCCCCUUCGUCGAAGUAAUUUUCGAGUGCAGCUAUUUGAGGAUUCUAUGGUGGAAAAAGAAAUAGAUAUAAGAAAGAGAGUACUUAAGGAUUAUAAUAAAAAAGAGGAAGAUUUUGCUACUUUAAGGGAAUACAAUGAUUAUUUAGAAGAAAUAGAAACAAUUGUAUACAAUUUAUGUAACAAUAUAGAUGUUGUAGGUACUAAUAAAAGGAUAGAACAAUACAAGAAAGAUAAUAAGGAAUUAAUUAUGAAGAAUAAAGUGAAAAUAGGUAGAGAAGAGAUAGAAUUAGAGGAGAUUUUAGAAACAGAAAAGCAAAUGGAAGAAUUACGGAGAGCAGAAAUAUCUAGACUAGAACAGGAAGCUAAAAAGCAAAAGAUAAGAGAAAAGGAAGCACUUAUCGAUGAAUUGAUGUUUGCGGAGGGUGAUGCUAAAGAGAUAUUAAAUACAUUUGCUCAGAAUAUUGCUAAGAAAGAAGAGAUUGAUGUAUUACCAGUAAUUCCUAAGGUCACACAGUUCUCAACUGGAGUAAAAUUCUCGAGAGGUUCGGGAAGUCAACAGGGUGUUCCAAUAUUAGAAGAAGGGCCUUUAUACAAAUAUGAAGCACCAAUAAUACCAGACAGAUGUGGUCCAGACCCACCCUCUAUACAGAAUAUAAUCUCUAAAGGGUAUCUGCAACAUGUAAGAGCAGAGAAUGAAACAGAGAAAGCGGGUGGGUACACUUCUACAUUACCUUGUCUGCGCGCUCUACAGGAUGCAAUGGCUGGUCUGUAUCAUGCGAGCUGACAUGAGAACGGCAUAGAACCUGUUAUUGUACUUGAGUAGAAUGUGUAUACAGGGUGUCCAGAUCUAACUCAUUGGCUACAGAAAAUGUUUGUAUUCCUUAGCAUGCUGUAUAUUGUAAAUUUUACAGGUUUUCAGACCUGUCAUUUAAGAACAGCCUGUAUAUGGAUUGGGUGUGAUACAUUAUACAGGAUGUUUGGAUAUUACUUAUUGAAUAAAAAUUAUCUUAUUUUGGAUCAUCGCCCCUAAUGAACCUACUUAUGUUGUAUUAGGCUGUUAACAAUUCUGUUUAAAAAAUACGGUAGAAAAUACUAUUAAUAUUAUUACAAAGUUAGAACUAUGUUUAAAACAGCAAUAUUGAAGAAGAGUUUCAAUUUUUUUUAUAAUCUGACUGUAACUUUUUUCAAACUAGUCAGUUUGGUUCCAUUUUAAGUUCAUUUAUUAAGAAAAAAACUUUUAA